AUGGCCGAAAUCGCACAAUCCGAACAUUCCGUGGAAGGACAUCUAAAUCCCGAAGGCCCAGUACCCCGGGCAUCCACUCCGUCUUCGUUCAACAACACCAACAUCCUCGCACCCACUCCCCGAUACUUCAUGACACCAGCAAUGCUAGAAGUGCUCCCCAGGAGGAGGGGGCCUUCAGCCCGAUUAGUAGAAGAAUUCGCCACCUUGUAUCCCGACGAACUAAGAACAGGGAGGCGAUUCCAUCAGUGGGAAUGUGGUGGCGAGACACGGAGGAGCGGCAAGGAGACAGGACUACGUCUGGUCCAGCCACGAUUCAGGAACUCCACCAGGAGUUACUACCUGGCACGACCUGGCCUUCCCCCACCGACGGAAGAAACCCCCAGAUUCUGGACUCAACCUGUGGAUAUGCACCGUGCUUACACGCACCUCCAAAAUGACUACAAUCAUCUACACAGCAGACUCGAUGCUGCACGAAGGGAGGUAACGGAAGCACGAGAAGGACGCCUGGCUGCCAAAGCAACCCGAGAUCGCCUAAUGAGGCAAGUCAAGGAGUAUGAGGCCGCACGAACAGAGCGCGGCAACCAGAUCCACAAACUAACAAUGGAACUGGAAGCCUUCAAGAAAGCGCUCAAAUCCAGUGAAGAAAGGGUGAAGGCCAUUCGACGUCUGCCUCCACCUUCUCCAAUUCGAUCACCCAAGAAACCGGUCGAUAAGGGCAAGAGAAGGCAAGACCCCGGUCAACAGGAUAUUCGGGAUUGGGUAAAGGGAGUCGGCGGAACCGCCGGCCCUAGUGGGCUCAAACCGGCACACCAGGCAAACCCUGAGCAGCCGCCCUCUAGGGUGCAGACGCCCCCAAUGUCCCCGGCACACUCCUACGAGGGAGACCAAGAUGACGAAUUGGUGGGAGCGCACUACGCAUUCCCUCCAGAGCAACCGGUUCCCCCACCAGAUCGGGAUCGUUGCUCUGCAGCCCCGCCGCCAGCAUCCUCGGACGAAGUACAUAGGAAAUCGUUCCGAGGACCAAAGGUCAACCUCCCGGAGCCAUUCGACGGCACCAAGGCAAGGCAAAGGCAUGGCUUGUCGAUGUAA